CCGUUGAUCGCGCGGCCAUCCAUUGUUGCUGUCUGAGCGGAGUGCGGAAGCGCGGCUGUGUCGCCGCUCUAGCUGCUCUAGCUGUUCAGGUUCGAACCGGGACUCUCAAAGUCACACAGAGCGACGACGAUGAUGGGGUCAGGGACAAGAUGGAGAUCCUCUCUAGCGUUGUGAAUAAGGUGUUUCAGCUCUCCAGACUCUCAAAGAAUGUCCAGAGGACCAGGAGGAUGGAGGAGAAAGCUCUAGAGGUUUAUGAUGUAAUUCGCACUAUUCGGGAUCCAGAGAAGCCCAACACCCUGGAGGAGCUGGACGUCGUGACUGAAAAGUGUGUGGAAGUUCAGGAUCUCGGCGAUGAUGAAUAUCUCAUCAUUAUCAGGUUCUCCCCGACAGUACCGCACUGCUCUCUGGCCACCCUGAUAGGCCUCUGCUUACAAGUGAAGCUACAGCGAUGCCUCCCAUUUAAGCACAAGUUGGAAAUUUAUAUUACUGAGGGAACUCAUUCGACUGAGGAGGACGUUAACAAACAGAUCAAUGAUAAGGAGCGCGUAGCGGCAGCCAUGGAGAACCCUAACCUGCGGGAAAUAGUGGAGCAGUGCGUUACUGAGCCUGAUGACUGAGUCUUUCUUACACAAAUACGGCCUGAACGACUACGAUGCUUCUUUGUAUUAGCUUUUAGAAGUGUGCUGAAGGGUGAGUGAUGUGAUGAUUGAUAGAGGGUAGCUCUAUCUCUGUUUACUCUCUGCUUUCUCAGCAAGCAGCAGAUGAGGCAAAAUAAAACCCAGUGAUCAAUAUAACACCAAUAAGCCCUGCCUCGUCAUGAUGGAUCCUCUUCAGGGACUUCACUUAGCCUGCUGAGCUGGAUGGAAAACGGCUGCACUGGGAUUUGUCAGAUGUCCCAGGAGUGAUGGGACAGGAAUCCAGAUGGAGGCUAAGGUCUGCAUUCGUUUGUCAAGCUCCAGUUUGUUUGGCUUUUUGAUAUUCUAACUGAGUUAAAGGUCGCUGGUAAGGAUAAAUGUUUUCUCAGACAAAGAGCCAAAGCGGUGGAAAUGUUAACUUCCUGUCAGGUUAUCACCAAUCAUGAGAAAAUGUAGAUGAAAACUGUAGCCUUUUUUCUGUUCGCUGGAUGUUUGGGCUGUUUCUAUUGUCACUCAACUGUUCAGGUCAACAUCUCUGUUAUCUUCCCAGCCUCCACUGUAUCAUCGUAAUAAAGGUGUUGAAAUUCCCCAGCCAUAAUUUUAUAUAGUUUGCUGUGCUGGAAAUUUCCUGUCGUCA